AUGGUUGCAGUACCCAGAUUGAGGAUAAAGUUUGGUGCCGAAGGUUCCGUCAAAACUUUCCAAAAGGUUCCGGAUAUUAACAACUCCGGUAACGCGAAGUUGAUUGAGAAAUCAUUCGUAAUCAAAGCCGAGAAUCAGUCGAGAAAGCGUGGAGCUAACGAGCUAGAGGAGGUUCAAGCGAAGAAGAAGCAAAAGCUAGACCGUGUUCAGUCUAGUCAGUGUAUGACACUGUUAAAGUUAUUGAUGGAUGAGGAGUAUGGUUGUCUGUUUGAGGAGCCUGUGGAUCCUGUGAAACUGUUGAUCCCUGAUUACUUCUCUGUCAUAUCGAAGCCGAUGGAUUUAGGCACAGUGAAGUCGAGGCUUUUGAAGAACGUUUAUAGCAGUGGAGAUGAGUUUGCAGCGGAUGUACGGUUAACGUUUGACAAUGCGAUGCUGUAUAAUCCUCCUGGCCAUUUUGUUCACGAGAUUGCAAAGAAGUUUAAGGAGAUUUUUGAGGUUAGAUGGGGAUCACUCGAGAAGAAGAAGAAGCUUUCGAAGUUAUCUGUGAGUGAAGGCGAUUGUACAAGGCAGAGAAGCACUGAAACAUCUGUAUCUUCUCGGAGAUUUCCUGUGGAAUUGCCAAAACCAGUAAAAGAGAAGCCUGUGAAAGGGGAGAGCAAAAAGGAAACGCCUUCUGUCACACCGAAAGCUUUAGCAACGAAGUUGAGGGUUAAGAAACUCGAGCAUGGCCUUGGCAUCAGUUCGACUGUGAAAACCCCAAGCAAAGGUUCAGGUCUAAAUGCAUCCUGCAGAUGUGGUUCGUGUGGGAGGAUUACUUGUAUAUGCCUCAAGUCAUGUAACUCAUCCGGAAGUGAAUUUUCUUCAUUAACGGAUUGUCUGGUAAAGAACACUUCAGCUUCACAGGCGACCGAGUCAGAUCCGCAGUCCAAUGUAUCCUUUUUGAAUGAAGGGUCUGUGAGUUCAAGGAAUGAGAAAAACGGAUGUGUUAGUUCUCAGCUUGAUAAACCUCUAAACAGUACAGAGUUGAAAACAAAAUUACCUACUAUGCCUCCGUUACCUCCUGAGAAGGCUCUUCGUGCUGCAAUGCUCAAGGGUCAAUUUGCAGAAACCAUCCUGAAAGCUAAACACAGAAAAGUCCUUGACCAGAACAAUAACAAAGCGGAUCUAAUUAGAAUACAAAUAGAAAAGGAACAGAUGGAAAAAGCUCAACGUGAAGAGAAAGCUAGAAUUGUAGCUGAGAUGAGAGCCGCUGAGAAUGCUAGACGAAUGAGAGCAGAAGCCGAGUUGAAACAGAAACGGGAGAGACAACGGCUUGAGCUUGAAAUGAUGAAGAAAACAUUCGACUUUGAAGAGAACAACUUCGUGGUAUUGGACAAGGAUUUGGUUAAGAUCUGUGGUAGCUCUAAUCUCACAAGAACUAUGUUGCUUAAGUUGGGUCUGCUUUUGAGAAAAGAUGAUUGUGUGGAAGAGAUGGACUCCGAGAUUCCUGAUGCAAUGAGAAUCGAAGAUCUUGAAGAAGGAGAGAUCUUUUAG